AUAGCGUGUUGUGAGUAUUAAUGUUCACAAAAUGAAACGUCACCUGCGGCGUCCGAUCGCGAAAGCGAAGAAAUUUACCCCACCAAACCUCGCGGACAUCGAUCCACUGCCGGUGGAUUCGCGAGAAACCGCACCGAACAAACGGUUCGUUGCGAUUUUUACCGGUCUAACGGUGGAAGUUUGUGAUUCGGUCGGGAUACAAAAACUCGCGCUCGGUGGGUGCUUUGGUCAGGGAACACUAUCGCGGUCCUUUCCGGCUUCAGUACGUGAUCGUGGAGCUCAGAGAAGCAACGAGCUAGUUGUUAGGCGGCGGCAACUAGAUAGACGGGAAGAGUGGCGUCGUAAGUACGGUCAAGUUGGAGGAAGUAAUUGCGUGAAUGUUCGUGUGAUGGAAGAGGACGUGGAAAAGCAGUUAGCGGAUGGUGCUAUAGGUCAGAGGCAGUUGAAGUAUGCAUUGGUGGGAAAAGAAGUGGACCCAUUUCCUAUUCCGGAAAACUUAAGUCUAUUUUUCGAAGAAUCUAUGUUCCUGGUCAGAGAAUUGAAAUGCCUAGAAGUACGGACGUUGGAAGGCGCUACCAUGCCUGAAAUACUUUUAUUAGAGACAUUCUCAAAAUUGAAGAGAAAUUUUCUUGUGUCUUACGUUGCUUAUGUCUACCUGAAAUCCAAAAACUGGGUUAUUAAGAGUGGGCUCAAAUUUGGUGGAGAUUUCCUUCUCUACCAGAAAGGACCACAAUUCUUCCAUGCGUCCUAUGUUGUCCUCAUACAACCGUAUCAGAACUGUGCCCAACAGCCAGGAGGCAAUCACUAUAUGGAUAAUUAUGAUUUCCAGUGUUUCAAUCGUAUCGCGGAAACUACUGCCAAAGAUUUACUAGUGUUAGAAGUUUAUUAUCCUACUGAUAUUGAUCCAAGUGAUUGUGUGGCCGGUGUUAAUCGUCUGAAUGAGUUCAGAGUGAGUGAAGUCUUCCCGAAGCAUCAUAACUAUGCAGCUUACCGGAAUAGUCAUCAGCAAAGCACAUCUAGUAGUAAGUAGUUUAAAACUAUUCUAUUCAACUGUGAACAAUUUUUACAAACAAUAAGAAAUGUCGCUCCGCAGUU